UGAAUGAGCCAACAUUGUGUGGUGCGACAUUAUCACAUUACCCUUUAAAUUUUGACGUCACUCGUUUCUUGCUUUGUCAGAUGCAAUGAUUUCAAUCGUUCCGCUCCACCACAAUUGAUCAUCGGAGCCAUGAAGCUUCGAUCGAAAGGAGGGGAUGAUGCGAGCGUCAGAUUGGAAAUCGUCCGCGCCGGAAGCAGCAUCUCCGGCGGACAGACGCACUCCUUCUUCGAGCCCCACUCCGAAGUUGGCAGCGAGACGACGCCGACUCAGCCCCGCGGAGGCGGCGCCACCGCAGCCGUUGGGGCGCCGGAGAAGAAGCUCACCCUCUUCGCCUUCCGCGUCGCGAUGCUGGAGAAGUCGGCCACCGGCAUCGGCACGCUCGCCUUCGUCUGGGCCACCGUCGUCAUCCUCGGCGGCUUCGCCAUCACGCUCGAGCGCAAGGACUUCGUCUUCGUCACGGUCAUCAUCGUCACCGAGUCCGCCCGCGUGUACAGCCGCAGCCACGAGCUGGAGUGGCAGCACCAGUCCACGUGGGCGAUGGCUGCCGCGGUCGGCGAGCGGUCCAGCCUCCGCGCCGUCCGGUCCAGCUCCCGGUUCUUCCUCCGCACCUUGAAGGCCGCGCUCCACCCCCUCUCCGUCCUCCAAAUUGAGCACGCCGAGGCCGGCAGUGAACACGACCGGAAUUCCCCCACAAACGACCAAGGAAAUGCUGUCCGCGUCGCCGACCGGAGUCGCUCGUGGCAGCUUCCCAACGUUCCCCUGCUUCCCUACGCCGGUUGGGUCUUCGUCGCCAAGAACACCAGCCGACUUCUCUUGUGGCUCCAAAUCGCCUCGUCCGCCGCUUGCGUCGCCCUUUCCAUAACGCGCCUGGUUCAGCACGACUUCGGCGAGGGCGGCUCCGAGCACAGGAACCGGAAAGGUGCGCUAAUCCUCUUCUACUCCCUCGCGCUCGCCGAAGCCAUGAUCUUUUUGAUGGAGAAGGCCUACUGGUGGUGGCAAAUAUCCUACUGCUGCCUCUUCCGGGUCGUGAGCCGCGAGUGCUUCCCCGGGAGCUCCGGCGGCGUCGACGUCGCCGUGACGCGCUUCUUCUAUGACACCUACUCCAAGUGCGUCGCCGGCAGCGUCUUUGACGGGCUAAAGAUGGACCUUGUGAGUUUCGCCACGGAGCUCUUGGCCUCGAACUUGCGCGACGAGCAGCUUAUCGGCGCGAGGGUGCUGCGGAGCUUCGCCGGAAGCGACGAUUUUGGCUUCGAUACGCUCCGCAAGAUCGGCACCUCGACUGCCGUCGUUGAGCGGCUCGUUGAGAUGCUGAGCUGGAAGAACGCGCACCCGAAGCAGGAAGAGGAGCUCCGCCGCUGCGCGGCAGAGAUCCUGACGAAACUCGCCGGGAAGAGGCAGAACGUGCUCCGCGUCGGCGCCGUUCCCAGCGCGAUGGCUGCGAUCUCGUCGUUGCUUGGAAAGCCGGCGGACACCGCCGGCGACUAUGGCACCUAUGAUUUCUCAGCGUUCAAUCUUCUGGGGUUGUCCCUCCUCAAAAGGCUCGCCGCCGACCACGACAACUGCUGGAAGAUCAGCAACUCGCGCGGGCUCUUGCCCAAGAUCAUCGAUCUCACCGGGGCGAGCAGGACUCUUCUGACCAACGAACUGGCGCCGGAGUCGCAGAUCAAGACGGUGAAGCGAGCGCUGGAGGUCGUAAAGAUGCUCGCUGGCACCACCGGCGACCCCGGCAUAAUGCUCCGGCAGCAGCUAUCGGAGAUAGUCUUCACGGUGAGCAACGUGAGGGAGAUCAUCCGCUACGGGGAGCGCCACAGGGAGCUGCAGACUCUAGCGAUCGAGAUACUGAAGAACCUCGCCUUGGACGGCGACGCCAAGGACCAAAUCGGCAGAACCGGACAAGUAACGAGUCUUCUCCUUGCCAUCUUCUUGAAUCCAUCAGUCACAAACGAGGAGAAGCCGCUGAGGAAUCAAGCAGGGGAGACGCUGUCGAUCCUGGCGCUGGAAAGCAAGAACAAUUGCAAUCGAAUCGCCGACGAACCAGAGGUGUUGAGCCGACUUAUGGAAGCGCUCGACGGCGGCGACGAGAUCCAGCUGAACGCGUCCAGGAUUCUGCGCAAUCUAUGCGCCUACGGCGGAGCCAGAACUGGCCCUCGGCAACACCUCCAGCCAAUCACCGCCGCUCUGCCCACCGUGCUGAAAGCGAUCAUGGCGACGGAGGGCAAAUUACUGGAGGCAUCGCUGGGUCUCACAACGCAGAUCUGCAAACUGACGAACGCUCCCGGCGAAUUCUCCGACGCGCUCAGCCGAGCGGGCCUCGAGGAAGCCGAGCUGGCGGAGAAGCUGGCGGCGAUUCUGCGGAAAUACGCGAGUCCCGAGAUCACGGUUCCGAGGAUGAGGAGGUUCGUGAUCAAUCAGGCCAUUUGGAUGAUGAAGUCGAACAGGAGCAGCAUCGAUCAGUUCAAUAAGCUGGGGAUGGAGAGGCUGCUGGAGUCGGUGGCGGAGACGACGUCGGAGCUCGAGUGCUUCCAUAUCUUCUCCGGCAGCGUCGGCUUCAGCCGGCAAAGCAAGAGCCUGUUGUCUCGUGUAGAGAAGGCACUGAAGCUCAUGAGAUCGAUCGGUAGCUGAAAGCUGAAAGCUGAAAGCAGAGAAGGCGAUGAGAGUAUGAACUGGAGAAGUCAAAUUUGUUCUGAUUUUUUAUUUGAACACUCAUAGACAGGCAAAAUGUGUAAUAUGGACAGUGUUUGUAUUGAUUGGCAUUGGUGCAUUACUAAAUCGUUCGCAUCUCAA